AUGGCGUCGUCAUCAAAGACCUAUCUCGACCUGAUCAAGGCCUGUGACAACUUCCCCUGUAUCGACAUCGGCCAAACACCAUGGGCAGAGGACCCUAACCCAGCGCUCUACCAGCUCCUCCUCCCCGAUGACCCGCGCCCACACGGUUACAUCCUCCCUUCCACAGUGGAGCGGAUGCCAUGGACAACCUCCUUCGAGGUCAGCGCACCGGCCUCACGUCCCCGCACCAUCAAAGUCAAAGCAGACACCUCGAAGGGCGUCAACAGCACCGGCGCCGCCAUUAACGCCGCUUUCGCCGAGCUCAUCCAAGCCGCCACCGAGACACAAGCCUUCGCCUCCCUCUCGCGGCCCCGUGAGGAGGCCUUCAGGAUCAUGGGCGCCAAGUUCCCCAGUCCGCCCGUGCAAUUGCGCCGGCAGGCGGCGGGCCUCUUCGGGAUCACCUGUCGCGGCGCACACAUGACCGUGUACACGCGCUCGAAAGAGACCAGCGAACUGAAGAUCUGGGUGCCGCGGCGCAGCGCCCAUCUGAAGACGUACCCGGGGAAGCUCGACACGAGCGUGGCGGGCGGAGUGCGCGCCGAGGAAUCGCCCUUCGAAUGCAUCGUGCAUGAGGCGGACGAGGAGGCUUCCUUGCCUGCAUCCCUGGUCAGGGGGCAUGCGAAGGCGUGUGGUGCUGUGACGUAUGUGUCGUCGAGCGGCGCGGGGUCUGGCGGCGAGAUGGGGCUCGUGGUUCCGGACGUGCUAUAUGUAUACGAUCUUGAGGUGGGCGAGGAUGUGGUCCUCAAGCCGCAAGAUGAUGAGGUGGAGGAGUUUUACCUUUUGGAUGUGCGGCAAGUGAAGGAGGCGCUGCUGCGGGAGGAGUUCAAGACGAAUUGUGCUCCGGUCAUGAUCGAUUUCUUCGUGCGUCAUGGUAUCAUCACCGAUGAUAAUGAAGCGGACUAUUUGGAGAUUGUCACGAGAUUGCAUCGGCCGCUCCCGGUGCCUACUUCGGCUGGUGCUUUAGAUGCUUGUUGA